AUGACUUCAAUUCCAAUUCCACCACCAACCACAAGGAAGUUAACGAUUCAGACUGCCAACAAUAAAAAUAAUAUAAAAACAAAGUCAUCUCCUCCUCUUGCGAGUAGCAUCAAGUUGAUUGAUUAUACAGAAUUUGAAGAUGUAAUUACAUUGAACACUGAAUGCUAUGGUUUAAUUAAAGAAGCAUAUUGGAGAAAAGAAGAAAUAUACGUUCAUCUAAAAUUUAUAAAUGAUUUAGAACUGGAGGAUCAAUUGAGGAAAAUCGGCGACAAGAGUAACCAAAUUAUACAACAAUCUAGGCACCCAAAUAUUAUUCAAUUUUAUGGAGUUAGUCAAGUAUUGCAAAAGACUAAUAAUGGAAACUUGAGAGAAUACUUGAUCAAUAAUCAGGAAAAUUUAAAAUGGAUUGAUAAAUUAAGAUUGGCAACAGAUAUCGCAGCCGGAUUAAACUUUCUACACUAUCCUCAACAUAUAUUUAUAAAUAAUUCAAGAGCUCUUAUACACAAUCCAAAUCUUUUUUCAUUGGACGAUGAUAAUGACAUUAUAUCUACAACAACACCGUCAUUCAAGAAUUCGGUGCCGGGUGUAAUCCCAUACAUAGAUCCACAAAUGUUGGAUAUUUACAGUUUGGGAGUGAUUUUAUGGGAAAUAUCAACUAAUAAAAUACCUUUUAAUGAUUCAAAAAAUCAAGUAAUAUUAACAGUUUCAAUAAUGCUCAGAAACAAAAGAGAAGUACCUGCUGAAGGUGUGCCUGAAUGCUAUGUCGGUUUAUAUCAAAAUUGUUGGGAUGAUGACCCUAAAAAUAGACCAUAUAUAAAUUACGUUUAUGAUGAAUUAUCGAAAUUUCUGGGAGAUGAGUUGGAUAAAAGAUUUAUGGAAGAUGUUGUAGAUGAAAAAGAUGGGAAUAUAGAGAAUACUGAUGAUCUAACAAUAAUUCCGUCAUCUUCAUCUUCAUAUUCACAAUUAAAAUUAGAACACCCAGAAAUUAUUUUUAUGGAUCAUUCAAUAGAGCCUUCAAACUUACAAACUGAAUAUGAUCUAAAAUUAAAACCAAGGUUAAAUUAUAUUUAA